CCAUGUUCUAUGCAAUCUUUUCUUUUUUAAAAGAAAAAGGUUGCCUUUAGUUUUUUGUUCCAUAAAAUAUUGGUCUUGCCUGGUAAAAACACACAACAUCUCUCUUCUCUUUCAUUGGUUUAAUCAAAUUUCAAACCUCCCUUCUCUGAUAACACUUCCCAGAAGCUUGAGCUUGAAAAUGAGGGUGUUGUUGAGUUGCCUUUUCUCUUUCAUUUUUGCUUCAACCCUUUGGAGCAUUGGCUCUUCUGCUCUCACUCUGGAUGGUUUAACAUUGUUGGAGAUCAAAAGCACAUUGAAUGACAGUAAAAAUUUUCUUGGGAACUGGCAAGCAACUGAUGAAAAUCCUUGUAAUUGGACUGGCAUUUCUUGUUAUCCUAAUGACCAUAGAGUCCGUUCAAUCAAUCUACCAUACAUGCAACUAGGAGGCAUAAUAUCUCCCAGCAUUGGCAAACUCAAAGGAUUACAAAGAUUGGCGUUGCACCAGAAUAAUCUACAUGGACAAAUUCCUAAUGAACUUACAAAUUGUACUGAACUGAGAGCCCUUUACUUAAGAAAUAAUUAUCUGCAAGGAGGCAUACCGUCAAAUUUUGGAAACCUUACUUUUCUCACCAUACUGGAUUUAUCGAGCAAUUUGCUAAAGGGUGCUAUACCUUCAUCCAUAGGUCAUCUUACAAGAUUGCAUUACCUCAAUUUGUCGACCAACUUUUUCUCUGGUGAAAUCCCGGAUAUUGGAGUCCUCAGCACUUUUAGGAACAACUCGUUUAUCGGCAAUUUGGAUCUAUGUGGCCGACAGGUCAACAAGACUUGUCGAACUUCACUGGGAUUUCCAGCAGUCUUACCUCAUGCUGAAAGUGAUGGAGUAGCAGUUCCUACGAAACGAUCAUCUCAUUACAUAAAAGGUGUGAUGAUUGGUGCAAUGUUGACAAUGGCCCUUGUGCUUGUCAUGCUCCUUGCAUUCCUCUGGAUAUAUCUACUAUCAAAGAAGGAAAGGGCUGUUAAAAGAUACACAGAAGUUAAAAAGCAAGUCAACCACGAUACGAGUACUAAACUUAUAACUUUUCAUGGGGAUCUACCGUAUCCUUCAUGUGAGAUUGUAGAAAAGCUGGAGUCCCUUGAUGAAGAAGAUGUCGUGGGGUCUGGGGGAUUUGGUACCGUAUAUCGAAUGGUCAUGAAUGAUUGUCAAACAUUUGCUGUUAAAAGAAUAGAUCGAAGUCGCGAAGGAUCUGAUCAAGUGUUUGAGAGAGAGCUAGAGAUCUUGGGCAGCAUCAAACACAUUAAUUUAGUUAAUAUGCGAGGCUAUUGCAGGUUCCCGGCAUCGAAGCUUCUUAUCUAUGAUUAUCUUGCUAUGGGCAGCUUGGAUAACUUCCUACAUGAAUGCAAAGAAGAAGGCAGGCUAUUGAACUGGAGUGCUCGUUUAAAAAUAGCCCUUGGUUCCGCUAGAGGACUAGCAUACUUGCAUCAUGACUGUUGUCCGAAGAUAGUUCAUCGAGACAUAAAGUCCAGCAAUAUCCUUCUCGAUGAAAACUUGGAGCCCCAUGUAUCCGACUUUGGUCUUGCCCAGCUUUUGGUGGAUGAGGAUGCCCAUGUCACAACUGUCGUUGCCGGCACUUUUGGCUAUUUGGCUCCAGAAUAUCUGCAAAGUGGGAUAGCGACAGAAAAGACGGAUGUCUACAGCUUCGGAGUUCUCUUACUGGAGCUGGUAACUGGGAAAAGGCCAACUGAUCCAACUUUUGCAAAGAGGGGCUUGAAUGUUGUCGGCUGGACGAACACUUUAUUGAGAGAGAACCGUCUGGAAGACAUAGUCGAUAAAGGGUGUACUGAUGCUAUCAUGGAAACUGUCGAAGCAAUUCUCGAAAUAGCAGCGAAGUGUACUGAUGCAAAUCCAGAUGAACGGCCAACAAUGUGCCAGUGCAGAUAUAUGGCACAUUACUAUUCUCAACAUCAACCCAUUAAUUAAAUCAAUGGUUUCCACCAGAAGACGUUGAACACCAAUCUCCCAAGCAGGCAGUGACCCGUCCUGAUGAUGAUACUCCCUGUGGCAACUUUGAACUCUCUUGAAGUGCAAUUCUUCCCGUUUCACAGCUUUAUUAAAGACUUCCUCCACGAUGUGCGCAAAAACAAUCCUUCUCAAGCAAAUAGCUUCUGAGUUUGAAAUUCUCUCCUCUGAAUAUUGCUGAGUUUCAGUGUUGCCAAAGCAACCAACCCCCACACCACACACUUGCAUCCUGCAUUUUAGAACUAGAAUGUGUUUCUAAUGGAGAUGAUAGGAUUAUAUCUGAAAUUAAGAGUAGAAUAAGCAUUUUAGAUAAUGUGUUCAUUUAACUAAACAUGGGUGGAGUUUGGUGAAAGAUAAACUUUAGUGUUUUGUGUUUGGACAAUCAUUUUGAAGUGGGGAAAAGGUGAUGAAAAAAGUUAUGAGUAAAAUGAUGGUGAUGUAUUUGGAUCUUUGCUUUGAAUUGUUGAUUAAAAUUCAAACCCCAUAACUCUUUUUU